AUGAUCUCGAAGAAAUUGUCCGAGAUGGAGGAGCAGCAGUUGCACAGCAAUGAUGAACGCGGUCGUUUACGAACGGAGAAUGCCGUCCUAACAGAACGUGUCCACGUGCUUGAAGAACAGCUGUUAGUCGCCGAGCAAAGGUUCCGUGAACAGCUCCAAGAGGAGAAAAACCGGACGCGAGAGCUAUUACAACGUGUUGAACGCGAAAAACAACUGGAGAAUGAGAGCUUAUCACUGAAAUAUCAGAUGCUCGAGAAGGAUUUGUACUCGGCCAGGAAAGAGGCAGAAAAGGCUCGGGAGGAGACGGCAAGACAUAUUGAAGCUGUCGAGGAUCUUCGUGGGCAGCUGGCAGAAAGCAAAUUGCUCAUUGAAGAUCUUGAGGAUGAGCGAAUCAAACUGGAGCGACAAUUCAAAGAAGAAGCUCAACAGGAUAUCGACAGCAGUUCGGAAAUGGUUGAAGUACUCACGCAACAGACCGAGGAAUUACGGCGAAAUGGUGCGCCACGACAAGGAUCGAUAAUCGAGCAGAUGAGCGGCCUUGAAGAAUCGCUGGAGCAGGCCCGUGCGGACAUUCGCGAUUUGCAGCGUGAACGUGACGACCUGCAAGCGCAGCUUCUAGCAGCUAGUGUUGAACGAGGAAGGAGUCUGUUGGCCGAUGAACCGUCGUUGGCUGACGAACUCAUGAGCGGAGGCGGAGACUCACAACAGAUUUUGGAAGCGCUCCGUGAACAAGAAGUCUGUAAUCAAAAACUGCGGGUGUAUAUUAAUGGUAUCUUAAUGCGUGUUAUUGAACGACAUCCGGAAAUCCUUGAGAUUGGCGAACAAAAACCACAGCCACCCAGUUGA